GUCCAAAAGGGAGACAAAUAAAUCAUAACAAAACAUAAUCAAGAUUAAAAAAAUUAAUCCACAAAAAUAAAAUAAUGUUCCCAUCAUGCUAUUGAGAUGAAUCCACAGCCGGCUAACAGAAUACAUCCCUAAGCAAACUUCUAAGACUUUUCCACUUUACACCACAUUUACUUGACCAUCUUUAGGUAAUGCCUAUGUCCUUCAUUUGUCUCUUUCUCAAACCUUCUCCACCUUCUCCUUUCUAUAAUACUCCUCCCUCAUCUUAGACCUUUACCCCUCAUAUUUUCACCCCAAUUAACAAUUAUUUGCUCUCCGAUCUUGUUGUUGUUCAGCAUGGAAUUCGGCUACCAAGAAGAUUCCUCCAAAAGCUCGAGCGACGAAAUCGAUCGAUCGUCCGAACAGAAUGAUGAGACGGGCAUUGGCAGAUCCUACGAGUGUGUGUUUUGCAAGAGAGGCUUCACCACUGCACAGGCUUUGGGGGGACACAUGAACAUACACAGAAAAGAUAGAGCCAAUAACAAGGCCAAACCCAAUUUUCCUCCUUCGAGUUCAAGCAAGGUUGUUGAUGAGAGUAAUAACUACGCAAAUCCAAGCUAUCUUACAAGAGGGAAUUACUAUUCUUCUACUCUUCCUGAUCAUAGGGAGGUAGAUGUUAAUUACAGUUACUACCAUCAAUUGUAUUUUCCCUCACACGCAUGUGGUGCCAAAUCACCUUCACAUGUACAAUAUAGUAGUGAGGUUUUGUGUGUAGAGAACCAAAGGGAUCCUCAUCUUCUGUUUGGACAAGAUUGGAGGCAAAGGGGUUUGAGUUUGUACACUAAUCCACUAUGUGUAUAUGAAAAUAAAGACAAGAUAGAAAACAACAGUGAAGAGGAUGAUCUGGAUUUAGAGCUUAGACUUGGUCAUCAUCCAUAGCAUAAUAGAGCCUAUAUAUAUUUUAUGGCGGGCAGUUGUAUAGAGAGAUGAGUUGCAAGUUGGAAGCAGAAAGAAGCAAGAUUUCUAUAGCAUGGAGGCUUCUUCAAGGAAAGGUUGCAAGAUCGUGUUUCUGGUAAGGGAAGGUACUCAAGAUAUAUAUACGUUUUCAAUCUAGAGAAAAUAUCUACCUCUACUAUAUCUAGGGUUCUAUCAGAAGUUCUUAGUUAUGUGAAUGUUUCUUUUGCUGCACUUUUUUUUUUUUUUUGCUUAAUUAAUUAGGUAUGCAUUUUCAUGACUGUCGCAAUAAAAAUUAGGUUUAUUACUUGAUUGUGCGUGUACUUUUCAAUUUUUAUAAAAUAAAAAUUCUCUACCUCUAUCCAGUCU